AUGGAACCAUACGCAUUCCCCUUCCCCAAACCCCCACCACCCCCUCCUCUCCCAAACACCCGCGGCGCACUCCCCACCCCCCAAACCAGCCACCUCCGCACCCUGAUGCUCUCCGCCCACAGCGACCGAUCCAAAAUCCUCGCUUUCCCCUGCAGCUACGACGGCCUCUCCUCGCGCCUGAUCGAAGAAGCCGGAUUCCCCAUGCUCUUCCUCUCCGGCUUCGCAGUCGCCAGCUCCCACGGCCUGCCGGAUACGGGGUACAUCGCGAUGGCGGAGAUGUGCGACAAGAUCCAGGAGACGGUGCGUGUUACGAGUCUGCCGGUUAUGGUGGAUGGGGAUACGGGGUAUGGGAGUCCCAUGAAUGUGAAGAGGACGGUUGAGGCGUUUGCGUCUGCCGGGGCGGCCGGCGUUAUGAUUGAGGAUCAGAGGUGGCCGAAGCGAUGCGGACACACGAAAGGCAAAUCCGUCGUCCCACGAGACGAAGCAUACGCCCGGAUCCGCGCAGCCUGCGACGCACGCAACGAAGGCCUCGACAUCUUCAUCCUCGCGCGGACCGACGCCCUAAUACACGGCUGGGACGAGGCAAUUGCCCGUGCGCACAAAUUCAAAGAGAUAGGCGCGGACGCGGUCUUUAUUGAAGCCCUGCCGGACCGGGAAUCGAUGCGGCGGGCUGUAUCAGAGCUGGAUAUGCCGAUGCUGGCGAAUAUUAUUGAGGGCGGGAUGACGGAGAAUCUGUCUUCGAGAGAGCUGGGCGAGAUGGGCUUUGCGGCGGUGGCGUAUCCGUGGACGCUUGUUGCGUCGAGAUUGAAGGCGACCAGGGAGGCGUUGGAGGGGCUGAAGAGGAGCAUUCUGGAGGGAGGGCCGCCGCCGAUGAUUCUGGGGUAUGAGGAGGUUUGUGAGGGCGUGGGAUUUGAUAAGUACUGGGAGAGGGAGAAGAGGUAUACAUAUGAAUAG